AUAUGACAGUGGGACAGCAGCACAAUGCACCUGACAGGAGGGCAGUGCACACACACACCUUCCUGUUCUAGCCUUUUCAAAUCCUGCAGUGAUUACUGUACACAGAAGAUCCACAUCAUGGAGACGAAGCUGUUAGUUUGUGGUGUCCUGCUCCUGGUUACAGUUACAGGAAGCAACGCACAGUCAGAUGUUUGUGGCACUGCACCGCUUAACAACAAGAUUGUAGGAGGUGAGGAUGCUACUCCAGGGGCGUGGCCCUGGCAGGUCAGUCUCCACAGCUUCUCCGGACAUUUCUGUGGAGGUUCCCUGAUAAACAACGAGUGGGUCCUGAGUGCUGCUCACUGUUUCUCCAGCUCCAGCACCUUUGGUUUCACCGUUUAUCUCGGACGUGACAGCCAACAAUCCAUCAAUCCUAACGAGGUGUCUCGGUCACUGUCUCAGAUCAUCAGACAUCCAGACUAUGACAACACCCCAAACAACAACGACGUCGCCUUGUUGAAACUGUCCUCGCCUGUUGAAUUCACCGACUACAUCAGACCAGUGUGUCUGGCGGCAGCUGGCAGCACGUUCCCAGCCGGGACGACAUGUUGGGUCACCGGAUGGGGAACCAUCCGAAGUGACGGCACUUCUCUGCCAUUCCCACAGACGCUACAGGAGGUGAGUGUACCUGUGGUGUCCAACACUCAGUGUAGCUCCUCCUACAGUGACCUCACAAGCAACAUGAUGUGUGCUGGUUUGGAGGAGGGAGGAAAAGACUCCUGCCAGGGUGACUCUGGCGGCCCGUUUGUGACCAAAGACGGCUCUAAGUGGGUCCUUGCUGGAGUGGUGAGUUUUGGAAGAGGCUGUGCUCUGCCUGACUUCCCAGGAGUCUACGCCCGAGUGUCCGAGUAUCAGAGCUGGAUCAGCAGUCAGAUUAGCAGCGAGGAUGGCAGCACCCAGCCGGGCUUUGUUGCUGUCCAGAGCAGUGGUUCAACAUCAGGAACUGCUCGACUGGUUUCCCUCUCGCUUCCUCUGCUCCUGUCCUUGCCACCUGUUCUUGUUUCUUUUUUUGUGCUUUCAUAAGAUGCCUAAUGAUGAUAAAUGCACCAAUAUGAAGUCAAUGUCAAUGAAGUCAAUGCUGCCUUGUGGUCUCACUUCGCUUUUGUAAACUCAUUUAUAUCUAAAACAAGGAAAAAAAUCUGCACAUGGAGUGAAACAUCUUGUGCUGAAGAAAUUUAACAGAAAGACAUCAGAAACUUUUCAAUCAAGAAAAUUACUUUUGAUUUACAAACUUGAAAAGUCUGCUGAUUAUUUUCAUUAAUUAAUUGUUUUGUUUUAAAGAUGACAGAAAAUAGAGAAAUGAGUGCUUAAAAAGCCCUUUUUUAAAUAAACUUUCCUACUUGUAGCAUCUUUUUUCUGUCUUCUGCUCUUCAGCUACAACUUGUUUAAGGUUUUUCACAAGAACAUAGACAUUUAUAUAUACACAUGUAUGAUGUUAUGACUUUUUUUUAACUGGAAGAUGAUAUAUUUUUGGUUGAGGCUGCAGCUAAGGAUUAUAUUCAUAACUGCUUAACCUACAGAUUAUUGUCUAAACUAAUCAAUAUUUUUUUUGUCUAUAGAAUAUUAGAAAGUAAUGAAAAUACCCCAAAAAAUAUAGUUUCCCAUGGCCCAAAGAGAUAUAUUCAACAUACUUGUUUAUUCAAAAUCCACUGAUAUAAACUUUAUCAUAAAACAACAAAAAACAUUCAACUUGUUAGUUUAAUUAAUCAUUUUAAUAAUCAUAAUGUGUUUGAUUAUAAUUAAUUAAUAAACAGAGCCAUUUAAAAAGGCUCUGCUAACAAAAAAAAUAAUACUGACUUUAGUGCAUUAUAUAAAAAAAGAGAACUAAAAGAUGAUAAAAUUUCCCAGUUAGUGACUCUAUUUCCUUAUUGUGUUUUGAAAUUAUGAAUUUAACAUUAAGCUUUAAAAUUAAAUUGGAAAACAUUUAUUUGAAAAGGCUCCUAAAUUUACCCAAUUUCCUCUAACAUUAACAUUUUCCAUUUUGUGAUCAAUAAGUUGAAAAUUAAACAUAAAGAUGUUAAAUUAAUGUUAAGCAAUAAACUGACUGAUUGUGAGGUAGCGUAUGACCCUUAGAAAAUGUGACCUAAUUAAAAAAUAAUGAUAAUUUAAAACCUUUUUUGAGAGGAAUUUAUCCUUUUUGUUAUAAAUCAUAUUAACUCACCAUUUAAUAACAAUAAAGAAAUAGAAAUAUUGACUUGCAAGUUUGAUUGCCUUUUCUUUUCAGUUUCAAAUUUUAAGUUUUACAGUGCACAUUUAAUCAGAUUUAAUUAAUCAGGUCAUAAGGCUUUUUUUUUUACCUACAAAACUGAAAGUUGUGUAUGAGCACAAAUAUUUAAAUUAAUGAAGUUCUUUAAUGUGUAUUGAUGGUGGGAGCAUGUAUAUCUGUGUUAAUAUGGACUUAACUGCCUCUUUUUUUAACUCAUUAGGGGCCUACUGUAACUAUUAAUGCCUUGAUUUUUUUUUUGUUUUGCUUUUUGCACUGAAAACGUACAACUGUGAUUUACUCCUUAAAUAUACAUGAAGUGCAAAUAAUAUUUAUCUUUUACAUUCAGUCAAACAUUAAAACCAGCUGUCAGUGUGUACAAUACAACUAAAAUGUAACACCAAAUACCACGUGUAUAUCUGUUUGACUGUAUUAUGUGAAAUAAAAAAAUUUUUCCCUAA